UAAGAAAGCAUUGAGAUGAGUCCCGAAUGUCUUCACAGUAGACUCCACCACCUCUCUGGGCAGCUCUCUGUCACAUUCAAAGUAAAGUUGUUCCUUACGUUUGUAUGUUUCUCCCUAUGCUCAACUCUCCCCUGCACAUUCACAGGCAGGAGCCACAGUUAGAUGUCAUCCAGCUCAAACUGAAGGGCAGCUGCCUUCAAGUGGCUCAGUGUGAUGUAACGUACAGCAACACGAAGUGGAAUAAACUCAGCUGCCAAGGGUCAGGUGUCAGUGCCUCAGAGGUUAAGCAUCUCAUUCCAGUCAUAGCUUUGAAAAAAGUCAUUUUAUUUGUUACACUUAAGGGACUGCACAACACGUGAAGAAAACCCCGGGUGACCUUUGCUUUUAGAAUUAUCAUCGAUCGCAUUUCACUCACGCUGAAUUUCCUAUUAAUUAACGCGAAUUAGGAACGAGGCGAAAGAAACACAACUCCACCCGCACUCUUUCCAACAUGGCGGCCCUACACCGCCCUCCCUGUGGGCGGGGCGCAGCCCUCUCCCCGCCCGGCCCGGCCGUGGGUGCCCGGGCCGCCUCCGGCCGCGCAUGCGCAGUGGAGCGCGGGACAGCGAGGAGUUGGUGCGGAGCGGAGGCCGCGGGCGGUGCUGCGCUGCGGGGCCGGGAGGAGCACCAGGAUGAAAACAUGGACAAUAUCAAAACUGUGAAGGAAGAAUGGAUGUGUAAGUCAAGAACUGAUGACCAGAUUUUGAAUGGUACGGAACAAAACCACGACUAUUUUGUCAAUGACCUUUUUGAAGAAGCUCAGAAGAUCGGUGCGAUAUGUGUGUCUCCAACUACAGUCAAGAACCAGGUUGAUGUGAUCAUUAAACUUUGGAAAAAUGGGUUUACAGUAAACGAUGGUGAACUUAGAAGCUACACUGAUGUUGGAAAUCAGCAGUUCUUGGACUCCGUUAAAAAAGGGGAACUGCCUUUUGAGCUACAGAAAGUAUUUGAGAAGGAAGAGGUAGAUGUGAAGGUGGAAGACAAAAAAGAUGAGUUGUAUCUGUCAUCAAAAAAGCCAAUAUUUCAUCCCUUUUCUGGUCAUGGUUACAGAUUAGGAAGUGCUACUCCAAGGAUAAUCUCUGAAGUAAGAGAGGAUCAAGGAGCUGCUGAUAAAAGACGUCUUCCUGUAGUACCCUUAAAUGAUUUGGAGCCUGUCACUAACAUCCAGAUCUGGUUAGCGGAUGGGGAGAGGAUAAUUCAGAAAUUCAAUGUUUCACACAGAAUAAGCCACGUCAGAGACUUCAUAACAAAGUAUCAAGGAUCAGAGGGAGGUGUUCCCUUCAUGCUGACUACUUCACUGCCAUUUCGAGAACUGCAAGAUGAGACUCUCACACUACAGGAAGCAAAGUUGCGAAAUGCUGUUGUUGUUCAGAGACUUCAGAAAACAACUGAACCUUUUAAACUCUUAGUGAUGAAAGCUCCUGACAGUGACUGUAAAACUGCUGCUACACCUAAUGGACGGCUCAGGAAUGAGCAAAAAAACGCUAUCAAAAGCACAAGUUCAAAUCAGUUUAUAGCUGACUGAAAGCUACACACAGGCAGAACUAGACAAAACGUACCCAGCAAUAUCUGGAUGCACUAUCAUUCUUACCUAGUGUGAUCUUAGCAAAUGUGCUGUAAUCUGCUGUAACAAACAUAUUUUCAAUUAAUUUUGGUGAUGAGAGCCUGGCUGAAUAAUGCAGCAGAGGUAACUUUAUGACAGGAAUUAUCCUUAUGAUUUCCUUGGCUUUGCUAGCAUGUUCUUUAAUGAGUCCACUUAGGUGGGACGGUACUCUGAGACUUAAUUACUACUGGUAACACACUUUAGGGAAAAACAAUAUUUAUUUUUGCACUUUGGACUAAAGAGAAACUGAACUGGUUGAUCUAAUUUAUACUUCAAUAUAAGUUGCUCCAGUUUCCCUUUCUGUUUUAGUAACAGGCAAUAGAUGCUGCAAGAAAGUUCACAUUUGAACUCCUCUAGCUAUUUUGAAAAUCAGUGUAAGUAUCAUUAGUAUUUAACUUCAUCACAAGGUCUGCAGUGUGAAUGUCCUAUUAAGUCUUCACAUGAUGGUUGGUGCAUGUGUAAGAAGAUUGAAAUUAGGUAGCCUGGUGCAUACUGGAUAUGAAGUGCCUCUAAGUAAGCUCUGAAGGAAUUGUUAUUCCUAAUGGUUGAAGUGUUUUCUUUCUCUUGUGUUCUGCUACAGAUAUCUUACAGACAGGGUGAUGUUAAACUACCUGGCUCACUAGGUUAGAGAUCUGCUUUUAGACUUGUCACAGAGAAACUUCAUUUUUCUGUAGUUUGCCAUGUGGCUAUAGUGGCUUAGAGGGGCACAGUUGUUUUUAUACUACGCAUGUCUUUGUCCUGAGCUAGCCAUCUGAUGAGAUGUCAACAGCACGUAGACAAACUUCAAAGAUAUCUAAAAUCCAUAUUUGAAAACUGAAGCUUCUUCUCCACCCCUCCACCUCCUUUCCAUCCCAAUCUUUUUUUUUUUUUGUCCUUGUAUUUUUGGCAUAAGAUUUGUACCCAACAAUCCCAUGUUUUGUUAAAGGAGAACAUUAAGGACUAAAUAUAUAUAUUUUGUACUGGUUGUGUUAAA